AUGCGCAACUUCGGCAGGGCGCUCCUCGUCGCCGGGGCGGUCUUGUUCGUCGCAGCCGCCUACUCCGUUAUCCAAGCUCGCCACGCUCUGCGCCAUUCUGGCGGCCAUCUGGACGACUUUGUCUUGCCGGUGAACGUCAUUUUUGCCGCGGUCGCUGGAGCCGCCCUGUGCCUGGUUGGUGGGCUGAAGGCCGCCGGAGGUUUCCAACGACUUCACGUUCCAGAAGAGAUUCAGUGCUGGGAUCGACUCCAUGAGCGCUUCAACUUCCGCCUGUACUCCACGAGGGCGGCAUGUCUGGCAGCGCUCGUCCAGAACUUCAUCACGCCGCCUCCCGCGUAG